AUGAAUGAACUUCUAUGUCCGCAUGCUUGGGCGGUUUUGAAGAACCAGCAGCUGAAACCAGGCCAGUAUUUCUCUUUUUACUACAAGAAGGAUAACCUCCUUAGAACUUAUGAAUUUCCAGUGAAUCCGAUGCCAGAUGAGAGUUUAUGGGUAAUCCCAACAGAGGUUCUGGAAGAUGUGGUCCUACCACCUAAAGGGAGAAGGAAUGCAGGAAGGCCGAGAAAGGAAAAACUCAAACCUGCUUCAGAGAAAGAGUCUAAGAGGGCGUUUUCAUGUUCUAUGUGUGGACAAAGUGGUUACAAUAGAAAAAUAUGUAGGAAUCGACCAAAAUAA